AUGUCUUCCAGCAAACGUCCGGAAGCUCUGUCACGGCGUUCGAGCCCAUUAUCAGGUCCGGGUCCGCCGACUCCUCGCCCGAAUGAUCAGCAGGCUAUACGGCAUCGCAUGUCUAUCGAUAACGUAAAGGAAGCGCCGCCGCCGCCGCCCGAUUCGACCGAAGCUGUGAUCAAAUUCUACACACCUUUCAACACCUGGGUCGACGCAGAUGGUGUUUCUGGCGAGCGGGCAGCCUAUCUGGAGAUAUACAAACUGUCGCAAGCUGCAGAUCGAGCCCGAUGUCUCGAUCACAGCAAAGCGCUCAAGCUCCCCGACAACGACGACGACGGUCUAUUCCAGACUCUCUCGCUGUGCUAUCCGGAUGUCACGAGGAUCGAAGUGCACUUCCUUCUCAUUCCUGGAUAUCUGGAGGAUGGACGGCGCAUAGUCUCUAUUCACGAAUGCAUGGAAUCAAGCCUCGACAGUGUCAGUGGUGAGCUCGGAAAGGAUACCAGACGAGCGCUGAGUGUCUUAUGGCCACUUCGGGCCCUGCGCUAUCCCGUUGUCACGGUGAAUGGGCGCCGCGAAGGCCCUCUGUACGAGAGUGUCGUGACCAUGUUCAUGAACGGCCCACCUGUACCGCCUCCGCGCAGCCGGGAAGUGGAAUCUGGUCGCAAAAGAGCUUUGAGCCCGUCUAACGAGUCCGACCAAAGCCCCUCAUCGGACGAAGAAGAAUCACAAGCUGCAUUGCAAGUGAAGUUCAAGAUACCCAGGAAGAAGGCAGCGGAAGCGUCAGAAGGAGUGACCGUCAAGCUGUCGAGUGUCGAAUCUCCGCUUUGGAAGACGAAACGUUUACUACCGUUGGAAAUUAACCACGUCGACGGUCUUCAGCUCUACACUAGCCAACACUUCCCUUCGAUCCGAUGUGUGAUAGCCAAGUUCUUGCUCGACAAGGCAGGCAUCGAGGCAGCAGGCAUGGACGACCUCAGGCAUGCGGUGGACAUCCUCUGGCGCCUGAAGUAUAGGGUCGAGUUCUUCAUCUGGGUCGGGUUCCCAAGUAGUAUUGAUGUUGAGGAUACAGAUCGUGCGGGCAGUCUGAAUCUUGUCAAGGACCUCUUUUUAUCAGGCGCUGGUACUGAAGGUAAAGUCAAGGUGGACGAAGAUGGGAGCAUGGGUUUCGGCGCAGGGACACAUUACAUCACGUGGAAGACUUGA